CAAGUAAAAAGUAUUCGCCUAAGAGCCAAAGAGCACUUCCGCUACGUCACAGUGACACGUAUCAAAAUGGCGGCCGCGGCGAUGGAGACGUGGUGGGCCUUGCUGCUGAUGGCCUCUUUGCCUGUCGUCCGGACCUUCUAUGUUCCUGGAGUUGCUCCACGGGACUUCCACGAGGGGGACACCGUAGAUCUGAAGGCGGUGAAGCUGACCAGCUCUCGCACGCAGCUUCCUUAUGAAUACUACUCGCUGCCUUUCUGUAAGCCGGACUCUGUCUUUUACAAAGGAGAGAACCUGGGUGAGGUCCUACGUGGGGACCGUAUUGUGAACACUCUCUACAAUGUCGAGAUGAACAAGGAUAGGAAGUGUGAGAUGGUAUGCAACAAGAAAAAGCUCAGCAUUGAAGAGAGCAAGCUGGUGGCUGAGCGAGUCCAGGAGGAGUAUUAUGUGCACCUUAUUGCAGACAACCUUCCGGUUGCCACCAGGUUGGAGUUUUACCCCAACAGAGAGGCAGGCGUGGAGGAGGAGCAGCAGAAGAAGGACUCAGCCAAAGACGUCCAGUUUGAACAUGGCUACAGGCUAGGCUUCGUCGAUGGCAACAAGUUUUAUCUGCACAACCACCUCUCCUUGAUCCUAUACUUCCACAGAGAGAAGCUUGAGGAACAGGAAGUUCACAACUACAGGGUGGUGCGAUUUGAGGUCAUCCCCCAGAGUGUAAAAGUAGAGGACCUGAAGGCAGUGGAAAAGGAGAUGACGUGUACGCUGCCCGAGGCUAGUGGCUCUGCCCCUCAGGAGAUUGACCCGACCAAGGAGAACGAGGUCCUCUUUACCUACUCCGUCCACUGGGAGGAGAGUGAGGUGAAGUGGGCGUCUCGAUGGGACACCUACCUGACCAUGAGCGACGUCCAAAUUCACUGGUUCUCUAUCGUCAAUUCCGUGGUGGUGGUCUUCUUCCUGUCUGGUAUUCUGAGUAUGAUCAUCAUCAGGACCCUGAGGAAGGACAUUGCCAACUACAACAGAGAGGAUGACAUAGAGGACACUAUGGAGGAGUCAGGAUGGAAGAAUGUCCAUGGCGACGUCUUCCGGCCGCCUCAGUAUCCCAUGAUCCUCAGCUCUCUGCUGGGCUCAGGGAUCCAGCUCUUUUGCAUGAUCCUCAUUGUCAUAUUUGUUGCCAUGUUGGGCAUGCUGUCUCCAUCCAGUAGAGGAGCCUUGAUGACCACUGCUUGCUUUCUCUUCAUGUUCAUGGGCGUAUUCGGUGGCUACUUUGCCGGCAGGCUGUACCGCACACUGAAGGGACACCGGUGGAGGAAAGGAGCCUUUUGUACGGCCACUUUGUAUCCGGCCGUGGUGUUUGGAAUCUGCUUCAUCCUAAACUGCUUUAUCUGGGGAGAACACUCGUCUGGGGCUGUCCCCUUCACCACGAUGCUGGCCCUGCUGUGCAUGUGGUUCGGCAUCUCCAUGCCGCUGGUUUACCUGGGCUACUACUUUGGCUUCCGCAAACAGCCGUACGAUAACCCUGUGCGCACCAACCAGAUCCCCCGGCAGGUCCCUGAGCAGCGCUGGUACAUGAACAAGUUUGUUGGAAUCCUGAUGGCUGGGAUCCUGCCAUUUGGUGCCAUGUUCAUCGAGCUCUUCUUCAUCUUUAGUGCCAUCUGGGAGAAUCAGUUCUACUACCUCUUUGGCUUCCUGUUUCUGGUCUUCAUUAUCUUGGUGGUGUCCUGCUCUCAGAUCAGCAUCGUCAUGGUUUAUUUCCAGUUGUGUGCAGAGGACUACCGGUGGUGGUGGAGAACCUUCCUGGUGUCCGGAGGCUCGGCGUUCUACGUCCUCAUUUAUGCCGUCUUCUACUUCAUUAACAAGCUGGACAUCGUGGAGUUCAUUCCCUCCCUCCUGUACUUUGGCUACACCGCCCUGAUGGUGCUGUCCUUCUGGCUGCUCACAGGCACCAUUGGCUUCUACGCAGCAUACAUGUUCAUCAGGAAAAUCUACGCUGCAGUCAAGAUAGACUGAGUCAUCUGGACGUGUUUUUUUUUCUUCUUUAUUUUGGGUCACAUCCUUUUUAUUUUAUGUAUAUAUUUUUAUUCUUCAUGUCCAACAAGCACUGAAUUCUGUGUUGAGGGAAGAAGGAGGGGUUUUUAUGGCGCCCCUUCCGCUGGCCUCGUGGAGAAGAACAGCAUGGUGGCAGAGCAGCUGUCCUCCUCCCCUUACUCCAUCCCGGACUGAGACUUUGGGGGAAUCGUCCUCCAAUGGGGACAGUAAAUGUCUCCUGCUGUUCCACCUCGCACACAACACAGUGGGCCAAAGCUUGUCAGACAAGGGUUUCUUCAUAUUCCAGUUUUGUCUUUUCCAUUUGCGGUCAGUCUAAAUUAUCCAGGGGGGGGGUUGGUACCGCAGGUUUUACUUAUGACCUAACUUCUUUAUAUCAUCUUCUGAAAAGCUAUUUCAUUGUUUUUCCAUUGUCUUUGCUUUAAAACGUUGCUUUGGUUCAGUUUCAGCAACCUUGGACAUUUUGGAGGAGGGGGGUGGGGGUGUUAUGGUUUUUGACUUUGAACUCGUAUGAAUGGAAAUUAUGCCUGGGCGUUUUGCUUUGUAACACCUGACCGGAUGGAUUAAAUGUUCCCUUGGUUCCCAUGUGGUGGUGUUGACCGUGGUGGAGAAAUUUUCUCCCCCUCUUCAGAAGAUCCCGACAUCGCUCCGUUGGCUCUGAGGGAUGCACUGCGGCCCCAAAGCAGCCACUCAAAUCGGAGCACAACAUUUUUUAGUUUUGUUCUUCAAAGUCCACAACACAAAUACGUCUUUACAGCUUUUCCAGUAGAAACUCAACAAAACAAAAACUUGUUUCUGCUUAUUAGCCGCGCCGCCAGCGUUGCCUGAGCAGGGUGUUUGCUGAACAAUGUAGAAAGUUUGGGACAGGUUAUUUAAAAGGACCAUUUCAUUUACAAAUGAUGCCUCAUUUAUUUUAAGUUUGAAUCUCAUGUGUGAUACGUUUUUUGUGUGUAAUAUCAGAUACUUGGUCAAUGUGGUAGAUGAUUCUGACAGUGCUUGGGUGUUAUGGGGUGCAAAGCAUUGACUUAUAAUCCAGUUUUCUUAAUAGAUCUGUAAAGGUAUUGAUUUGCAACUCUUCCCCUAUUGAAUUGACAUUUUUGAGUUCCCUUUAAACACAUUUAUCAGCUUAAAAAACUUUUAAAAUAACAUUUAUACUAAUGAAGUUUGAGUGAUAGGGUUCCCCAAGACUCCCAAUAUUUCUUGCGCGUGUUCGGUCUGUUUGAUUCAUGCUAACUAGCAGCUUAGCUUUCCCACAGACACUAGAAACGGGGACACGGCUAAACUCGACCAGCUGCUGGAUGGAGCUUCAUAUUCUCAUCCUCGCGAUUCUAAUCCAGUUACACUUCUGAUCACCACUGACCUGCUGCCCUCUAAUCGGUAACACUAGUUUAUUAAAGUUCAUUCUGAUGGGGGAUCUUACGGGCCUGAUUACAGUCCCAUGGGAGUAUCCUAAAGCAUGAGAAGAUACAUGCUAAUCACAUAAACAGGACAUCCAUCAUUGUCUUCAUGGCUACAAUCAAAGGGGUUUACGUAAAGACACAAGGGGCUCGAAUGAACCCCUAUUCUCGGGGAGAAAGAAGGUCAGAAGGACGUUUUAUUCCUCCUAUGUCCUCUGGUUUCUUUGUUGGAAUCAGAUCUACCCAAACACUGAGCUUCUUGAAGAGAGCGAGUUUGUAUCCACAACUUGUGAAGCUUUUCUCCAUUUAAAUUGAAACAAUUUAUUUGCAUUUGCUGCUGUUCCUCCUGCAUUAUGUCACAGCGCCUCCAAGCCCCCCCACAUCUGGCUGCUGUCUAAAUGCAGACAGACCCGUAUCUCCUGCUGCAGGGAGUGCACAUGCCGGGGGAUUUGUUUUCUUUUUUUUCUUUUUUUUACACGUGGACUUUUAAAAAGCCCAGGGGUCAUGCGUUUGUAUGCUUGGUCUAUGAGUUUAAAAUGUAAAUUAAAAAAGGAAGCAGCUGUGUUUAGGUUCCGUUUUGCUGUGUGUGGCGCUCUCUGUAACGGUCCCAUCAUCGCUUAGCCCAAAGCAUGAUGCUCACGAUCACUGAGGAACUAAAUUGUUACUUUUCUCUGUUUCUUUUACAGAAUGUGCAAUUACAAAAUGUACAAUGACAAAACAAUAAAGUGAUUAAAGGUAA